AUGGCAGACGAGCGUACAAAGCAGCAGCUUAUCAAUCGGCGAACAACACUUGUCGCGUCACUAGGAAGAGCGGAGCAGUUUGUCGAAAAUUAUGCUGCGGAACGGGAUGCAGGUCAAGUGCAACUACGACUCGAAAAUCUUGAUACCGUGUGGAUGGGACUGGAGGAUGUACAGACACAGCUUGAGGACUUGGAGGAUACUAAUGAAGCUCUGGAGCAGUUCUGGCGCAUCGAAGAAAUUGAAAGCAAGCGACUUCACUCCCCCGAACAACAGCAAUGUGAAUCCCACUACACCAAAAAUGUAUCCCGUACGAGUGAGGGCAGAUACGUGGUGCGAUUGCCCCGUCAAUCAAAUUUUGACCACAUGAUAGGGGAAUCCAAAACAACAGCCUUACGGCGGUUUCGCUACCUUGAGAAAAGAUUAUCCCGAGAUCCUGAUAUGAAAAGUCAAUACCAUCUCUUUACGUCCGAGUACCUAACGCUAGGGCAUAUGAGACAAGUCUCUACAAAAAAAUGUGAACCAGAGCAUGUGUAUUAUUUACCGCAUCAUGCCGUCUUGAAAGAAUCCAGUAGAACGACAAAACUCCGCGUGGUGUUCGAUGGAUCUGCUAGAACGUCGACCGGAUAUUCCCUGAACGAUGCGUUGAAGAUUGGCCCGAUAAUCCAGGACGAGCUACUUACGUUGAUUCUCCGGUUUCGGAAAUACCCGAUCGCGAUGGUUGCGGACAUAGAAAAAAUGUACCGACAGGUUCGAGUGCAUUCCAAGGAUACUUCUUUGCAACGAAUAUUGUGGCGAUUUAGUCACGACGAACCUAUUUGUAGCUAUGAGUUAUUACCUGUAACAUACGGUUUGACCCCCUCAUCUUUUCUCGCCACACGAACCUUACAGCAGCUGGCCUUAGACGAAGGAAAAAGUUUUCCCCUAGGAAGCCUCGCGCUACGCAAGUCGUUGUAUGUCGAUGACUACAUUGGAGGAGCAGAUACGUUGGAUAAGGCUAUUCAGACCCGGUUGGAAUUGGACAAACUGUUAGCUAAGGGGGGAUUCCGACUGCGAAAGUGGACCACUAACAAUUCAAAAGUAUUAGAGGGUAUCGACCCAUCAAGUUCGAAAUUGGUGCCCAGACUACUCUGCAACUCGACCACGGGUUGCGAUCCAUUAACGAAAAGGGCCAUUCUGUCAUCCGUAUCGAAACAUUUCGACCCGCUGGGUCUAACCGCACCGGUAGUCAUUCGGGCAAAAAUGCUGUUGCAGGAUCUUUGGCUUCAACCCUGUGGAUGGGAUGAUGAGGUUUCUGACAAUAUACGGAAAAAAUGGGAAUGUUACCACCACGAUCUUCAAAAAAUUUCUGCUUACAAAGUUAACCGUUGCGUAGUCCUACCCAACUCCACUAUCCAAUUGCACACCUUUGCGGAUGCAUCUCAACAAGCAUACGGUGCAUGUGUUUGUGUUAGAUCUACCGAUCCCCGCGGGCAUGUCCACGUUCAGUUGAUUGCUGCGAAAUCCCGGGUGGCACCAUUAAAAAGGAUAAGCAUUCCGCGAUUGGAGCUAGCCGCGGCCGUUCUUGCUUCCAGAUUGCAUGAAAAAGUUGUUCGCGCUCUCGAAAUACUCAAGUUCGAUUCUGUUUUUUGUUCGGAUUCAACUGUUACACUAGAAUGGCUACGAUCACCGUCAUUUGUUUGGAGCACCUUCGUUGCUAAUCGAGUGUCCGAAAUACAAACGAACACGCAGGGAUGCCAAUGGAAACAUAUAGCUGGCACACACAAUCCAGCAGACCUAAUCACGAGAGGGAUGAAAGUUGACGAUUUUCUGCUCAGCGAAUUAUGGCACUAUGGACCUACCUGGUUAAAAAUUCCAUCGGUGGCAUGGCCAAUAUCGGAUCCAAGGCAAACAAUCUCAGAAGACAUUCUAGAGAGACGCAAAAUGGUGGCGGCAGUCCAAAGCAUGCAAGCCGUGAAUGAAAUAUUCGGCGAAUACUCUUCUUAUCACCGGUUGCUACGAGUAACAGCAUACUGUUUCCGCUUCAUUCAUGCCUUUCGACCGCCAAUGUCGUCGGAGACCAUAGUAAAACCAAAGCACCUCACUGUGGAUGAAAUAUCGAACGCGCCUACAAACCUUAUAAAGCUAGCCCAGGCAGACGGAUUUGCAGAAGAAUUAAGAGAUUUGGGAAAAGGAAAGCCUGUUUCUAAUAACUCGCAUUUGCGGCUACUGAAUCCGUUUAUCGAUUCCGACGGAGUCAUCCGAGUUGGAGGGCGUUUGAGACUUUCUGAGCAGCCUUACCUAACCAAGCAUCCAAUCCUACUACCCAGUUCCCAUCCUUUUACACGAUUAGUUAUCGAGCGUUUCCACCGAAAACUGCUUCACGGUGGCGGCAACGCAACGUUAGCGGCUAUUCGACAAGAAUAUUGGCCCAUUCAUGGACGUCGAUCAGUCAACAAUGUAAUCAGAAAAUGCUUCCGAUGCACACGAGCCUCUCCCGUUCCCGCCAAGCAAAUGACAGGUCAGUUACCUUUCCAACGAACCACUCCCGCACGUCCGUUUGCCGUCACUGGAGUGGACUACGCAGGCCCAGCCGUACACAUUGAGCUGGUAGGCGAUCUAUCUACUGCUGCCUUUCUCACUGCAUUACGAAGAUUUAUUGCUCGUCGUGGUUGUCCGUUGCACAUACACUCGGAUAACGGUAAAAACUUUGAGGGUGCCCGCAAUGAACUUCACGUUUUAUACAAACAGCUACACGAUAAAAAUUAUGUAGGAGAGAUUGCAGAAGUAUGUGCAAAUCAGGGGAUCCAGUGGCAUAUGACACCACCGAAAGCCCCACAUUUUGGUGGGCUAUGGGAGGCCGCAGUGAAGGUGGCGAAAAAGCACUUACAUCGGCAGCUAGGGAACGCCAUGCUAUCCUUCGAGGAUAUGGCAACGGUGCUUGCAGAAAUCGAAGCAGCAAUGAACUCCAGACCCCUAACGCCCCUCACAGAAGACCCCAAUGAUUUAUCCAUCCUGACACCAGCUCAUUUUCUAAUAGGCGAAUCAUUAACCGCGCUGCCUGCUUCUGACUUCAGCGCCAGUCCGAUCGGCCGCUUGAGUCACUACCAGCGCCUUCAGCAACGAGUGCAGCAUUUUUGGCAUCAAUGGAAAGCCGAAUAUCUACGGGAGUUGCAGAAGGAGAACAGACACAUCGCACCAAACACUUCGUUUCAGCCAGGAAGAAUGGUGAUCGUCGUUGAUGAGUUUUUGGCUCCUGUGAAGUGGCCGCUAGCGAGAAGAGUCAGCGCAAGUCCAGGAGUAGAUGGUCUUACUCGACUCGUCGAUCUUCGCACCAGCAGAGGUGUCAUCCGCCGACCGAUUACUAAAAUUUGCCUAUUGCCUUACGAAACCGAAAACGAGAAGGAAAAUUAA